CAACACAUGGGCGGAUCCAAGAUUGAAACGUUGAAUCUCCUUGAGGAGUUUUGAGCCCUAGACGAAGGGUAGUGAAAACGCUAUAGGUAUAUAGGACAUAGGAGAGACCAAACCACUCUAUAUCCUCUCUCCGCAGCAUGGAGCGUCCUUCCAAAAAGCCAAAGAAGCCGGACAGUUUCUUCAGCAAGGACUUUUUGCUUCAGCACAUCGCUGACAUCAUCGCCUUCUACAAGGUGAGGGCCUUGGAUCCCAGUGGCGGCUUCUUUCAGAGCUUUCGAAUCGAUGGCACCAAGUUCAACGAAGACUUCCGGCAGAUCGUGUCCAGUGCGCGGAUGGUCAUCAACUUCAUGCUGGCCGGGAAGCUGUUGAAGGAUCCGGAGCUCUUGAAGAUCGGUAAGCAUGGCUUGGAGUACCUGGAAAAGGUUCAUUAUGUGCCGGAGAAGCAAAGCUAUGCCUUUACCGUGGAGAAGCACAAGCCCAAAGACAUGGUGGAACAAGCCUAUGGCUAUGCCUUCGUUUUGGCUGCUCAUGCCGCUGCUCGAACUGCGGGCGUGACGGACAGCAACGCAGAGGUCGCUCGAGUCUUUGACAUGCUCGAGCGGAAGUUUUGGUUGCCGGAGAAGGGCGCCUAUUUGGAUACCAUCAGCGCAGAAGGCGUGGUGGACAACAGCUACCGGGGACAAAACUCCAACAUGCACAUGUGUGAAGCGCUGAUUGCGGCCUUUGAAGCCACGGGAGACGUGCGCUACUUGGACCGCGCGGAGGUCCUGGCCGAGACGUUUGCCUCGACGUUGGCGGCCAAGGGAGGUGGCUUCGUGUGGGAGCACUACACCGUCGAUUUCGAGAUCGAUUGGGACUACAACAAGAACGACCCCUCCAACAUCUAUCGCCCCUGGGGCUUUCAGCCGGGACAUCAGAUCGAAUGGGCCAAGAAUUUGCUGAAUAUUCAUCGUCAUCGACCCAAGUUUUGGAUGGUGAAUCGUGCCAAGGAGCUCUUCGAUGGAGCUUGGACCUUGUCCUGGGAUCCAGUCUUCGGGGGCUUGGUCUAUGGCUUUGGCCCCGAUCGCACCUGGUGUGAUGAAGAGAAGUAUUUCUGGGUGCAAGGAGAGUCCAUCGCAACGGCUUCGCUGCUCUACGAGGCCACGAAGGAUCCCAUUUAUGUGGAGAAGUUCGUGUGCCUCUGGCAGUACUGCUGGGAGCAUUGGGUGGAUCACGAACAUGGAGGCUGGUUGUGCUUCAAGAUGUCGCGCGACAACAAGCGCAUGAAUGACGAGAAGGCCAUUGCUGGUGGUAAGUGUGACUACCAUACCUUGGUCUCCUGUGUCGAGGCACUGCGUCCCUUCGUCUCGUGACACGCGCGGCCCGUCUCGACGACCCGUUGGCGCGGCCGUAGACCCGGCGAGGCAACAGUCCUUGGCAGCUCGAGCCGGACCGGUGGGUUCUUUCUCUCCCGGUGAAAGUGGAAGUCCAAAC